AAACAAGCAGGUAGAAGGAGGAUUGGUAUUUGUGGAUUUUUCGUGGUGUUGUCAGCAGGGGGAGGAGGCGAAGGUGGUGGCGGUGGAGUUGGCGGCGGCAAUCGCCGCCAACGUAACUACGAACGUCGUAGUACUGGCGGUCGGAGUGCUUUUGGUCUUGCCACCAUCAGCUCCUCGGUUGCGGGGAGCGCGGGGGGUUGCGGCCCCUUGGUGGGGCUCCCCUCCUACAAAAAACGCCAAGGAAGCGGCGCAUCAUGGGGACGAGGCGGACGUGGUCGCGGAAAAGGUCGCGGGGGUACAACAUUCGGAAGUCCGAGUAUAACUCCUGGAAAUUAUCCACCGGGUUAUCAAGGACCCCCAUUUCGAGAUGUUGUAAAUAUACUUGGCCAAAGAAAUCGAAUGGGAAGAUUAACUGGUGUUGGUCGACCAUCACCAACAUCAGAAGAAGAGGAUGAAGACAAUGAAGAAGAAGGAAAUAUUCAAAAACGUCCACCAAGACCACUCUACAGAAGAGUUAUCAACUAUGUACGACAAGCAUGGACAGGGGUCAAAUUUGCUUUGGAUUCCGAAUACGAAGAAGAACGGAUUCCAAGAUACCGACCGGAUUCCUUGGCGAGUCUUUGUAGAGCAACAAGAUUUACUGAAGCUGAAUUAAAAAGAAUUUACCGAGGUUUCAAAGCCGAGUGUCCCACGGGUGUGGUCAGAGAAGACACUUUUAAAUGUAUUUACUCACAAUUUUUUCCCCAAGGAGCAAAUACCAGCCAAUAUGCUCACUAUGUAUUCAAUACACUUGACCAAGAUCACAGUGGACUAUUAAGUUUUGAGGAUUUCGUAACGGGAUUGAGUAUUUUAUCGAGGGGUUCAACUGAUGAAAAACUACGAUGGACAUUUUCACUGUAUGAUAUAAAUGGUGAUGGAUGUAUAACACGUGAAGAAAUGACAGACAUUGUGACAGCUGUUUAUGAAUUGAUGGGUAAAUUUUUAGAUCCAAAUGUAGACCAUGAAGGUGUUCGACAGAAAGUCGAUCGUAUGUUUCAGAAAAUGGAUGGCAACAAGGAUGGUGUCGUGACAUUAUCGGAGUUUCUCGAUGCUUGUCGUGCUGAUUCUGAAAUUUCAUCAUCAAUGGCUGCUCUUGACACGGCCUUCUGACACGCGGCAUGUCAACAAUUUACAAACAAGCCAUAAAAAAAAAACGGCAAUUAAAAGAAAAAAUAAAUAACGAUAAUGUUACUAAUACUAAUAUACUAAAACAAUUGUAAAAUUAUUCAAUACGCUCAAUAUUUUGAAGCUUUGUCGAGUGGAAAAAAUAAAAUUAAGAAAACGAAAAAAGGUUGGCUUAUUGUUCUCCACCGUUGUGACGAGCGUGGACCAAGAGAAUAUUUUAAACAAAAAAGCUUGAUAAUAACAUCGAUAUUUGCUGUAUAAAAUUUGAAAUUUAAUUGAAUUAUUGCAGAGAAUUAAAAAUAUAUAUUGAAAGUCAGUGAAAAAGAAAAUAACAAAAAAAAAAAAAAAAACUGGAAAAGUUUAAAAAGGCUUAUCAAAAGAAAAAAUGAAUUUUAUUUUUUAGGAUUUGAUUGCACCUCGGGCUUCUAAUCCUGCUACAAGAUAAAACAUUUAUCAAAACAUAUUUUUGAGAAAAAAAGAAAAAGGAAAAAAAAAAUAGAAAAAAUAAAAUUGAACAAAAAAAAAAGUUGACCAGAUUUUAAAUGAAAACAACAAUAUAUAGAUUUUUAUAAUUUGUAAAAAUAUAUUUUUCAUUUCUAUUUAUUUAUUUAUUAUAAUUUUAUAUUUUAAAAACUAAUUUUUUUUUUAUUUAAAAAAAAGAAAUUAUUAAAAAGAAAAAAAAAAAAAUUAACACACAAAAUUGUCUGUUGCAUAUCAUUGUUUAUAUCGUUCACACACAUUAGACGUAUGGUACAAAAAUAUUUGUGUACACUCGAGGUGAAAGAUGAGAAAAAAAUUUAAAUAGAUAAAUAAAUAUAUUAUAUAUGUGAAUAAUAAUUAUUGUGGCAUCUAACAUUACAUGAUAAAAAUUACCCAAUGAAUUUUACCAAUUAUAUUUUUGUUCAACAAUAAAACAGUAAUUAAAAAAGAAACAAUGUAAAAGAUCAAUAAUACAAAAUAACACAAUGUAUUUUCGGAUGAAAAAUUAAAGAAAAGUUUAUAAAAAUAUAAAAGAAUGUUAAAUUUAAAAAAAAAAAAUAAAAAGAGAAAAUAACUUGUUGUUUGUAGUGUAACGUAAGAAAAAUAUUUAUUUUUGUGACUGGUUAUUAAUUAAAUGCAUCUAACAAUAUUGAUAAAUUAUAUUUUGAAAAAUUGUACUGCUAAAGAUCAAUGAAAUUAAUUAAAAGAUAAAUAUAAAAUCAUUUUUUUAUCACUGCCUAACUUCGAAUUAUAAUAAUUCAUAAGUAUGGGAUUUAAAUUUUAUUAAUCAACAAUGGGAUUUGAUUUUAAAAAUAGCUCAAUAAAAUAUUUUUUCAUGAAAUAAUAAAAACCCAGAAAAUAAAAAUAUAUAAAGUCAUAAUUUAUUGAUUUUCUAUUUUUAAUUUUCAAUUUAUUCGAGGAGUCAUUUACAAUUUAAAUUAAGGCUGUCAUUAUACAAAAUUAGAUAAAUUUUAAAAAGUUAAAAAUAACAUUUUUCAAUAGUCAAAAUAGUUCUAAAUUUUUUUUAGAUAUCAAUAUGAAUAUUUCAUAAAUACUCAAAGGCAUUUUUUAAAUUUAUGAAAUUAUUAAAAUUGAUUUUAUGACUCCCCAGAUUAAUUGAACUUUUUUUUUUUGUUUUGGAAAUUUGAAAAUUUUGUUAAUUAAAUAAUAUUGGAAAUUUUAAAAUAAAAAAGAAAUCCAGAAUAAUCAGAUAAUAAAAAAAGAAAAAUAAUAAAUUAAAUUUGAUUUUUAGCAGUGCUAAUAAAUUUAUAUAUUAAAAUAAAUGUUUAAUAAGAGGUUCGAAGAUUAACAUUGAAUGUUAUCUUAUACGACUCAAUCACUACCCCAAGUCUUUGAAAAAUAUUCAUAAAAUAAAAAUGGAUAAAUCCAGAUGAGAUAUAUGAAUUGAUUAACUCGGAUAAUUGUUGAUAAAUUAAAUUUAUAAAAUUUCAAACAAAUCAUGAAGUAGUUAUUGUUAAUCUAUAUUCAUAUUUUCUUCUAUCUCUUGAAAAUCAAUAUGACUUUGUAUAGAUUUACUAAAAAUAUAUAACAAAGUUGUAAUAAAUUCAAUAAAUCCAUCUUAGUUUGUGUCUCUUAGAAUUUUAGACUCUAAAAUUUCAUAGUAUUUAUCUUAAUCAAAAAAGGAAAAACAAAAAAACUAUCAAACAAAUUUUUAAGUUUUAUUUUUCUUUGAAGAAAAACAGCUAAUAAAAUCAUUUAAAUAUUUGAAAUUUAAUUGACAAUUAUUCUUAUUGAAAAUUUGUUAAUUUAAAUUUAUGUGGAAGUGAAAAAAUAUUGUAGAAUAAAUAUUCAAAAUCUCCUCGAUGUAUCUAGCAAUUCUACUAAACCAUAAUCUUUAACGAAAAAAAAAAAGAAACAGUCUGUUUCAUUGACUUCAUCUGACUUGAAAAAAUUCGAAAAGUAUUAUAGAAAUUUAAACAAACAACUUGUUAUAAAAAAAAACAUCAAGAGCUUAAAUUUAUGAUAAAAAUUAUACAAAAAAUUUGUUGACAGUUUGAAGAUAAAAGUCAAAUUAUUAUUGAGCAAAAGAAAAAAUAUGGUCAGAUGGUCCAAUAAUUUAUUUUGUAAAAAAUAAAUAAGAAAAACUGUUUAAAGAAUUUAUUAGUUUUUACUUUAAUUUAUAUUUUUUUUCAAUCAAAAUAAAAAACAAACAAAACAUAUACUUUCAGCCAAUAAAAACCUCUGCAAAGUAUAAUUAUUAAUUAAAUAAAAAUAUUUAAUAACAAACAAAAUAUAAUACAGACAAAAAAAAAUUUAAUUAAAAUUUUAAAUAUCAAUAUUUGAUCAAUAACAAUGUUAUAUUUUUGGUGUAAAAUAAAAAAUCAUAAGUGUAAUAAAUAGUUUUAGAUAGAUGAACAAAAAAAAAAUAAAUAAAAGAACAAAAAAAACCUCUUCCGUACGCGCCAAUUUUUAUUGACAGAUCAAGCGUCUCAGGAUGAAAACGAAUUUUAAAAAUAAAAAUUCAAAUUUAUGCAUUGUUAUAUGAAAAUAAAAAAAAAACAAAAAAUAUAUAUAUAUGUGAAUAAAUAUAUAAUAAUAUUGUCCAACAAUAACAUGACACUCUUGCUGAUCCGAGUAAUCGAGUGUGUAAAGAUAAGCAAAAAAAAAAAAAAAAAUAACUGUUUGGAUGUUGAUUGUUAAAUGUUAGGGUAGAUUAAAUAAAAAAAAAAUAAUAAAAUGUUUAAAAAUCAUUAAUUCAAGCAACUGGAAAAAACGAAUUUAAUUAUUGCUGAACUUAAUUUUGCAAACUAAAUUUAUAAACAAAACAAAAAAAAAAAAUUGGCCCGGGUAAUGCAGUCACUGCCUAUUGCUUAAAGAGAUAAUUAAAAAAAUUUAAAUAUUAAUUUUGCUUAAUUAAAUAUUGAACAGAAAAAAGAAAAAUUUAAGUCAUCGAAAAUGGAAAAAAAUAAUCAAUCGAAUUGCUAUUAGCUAUGCCGAAGCAAUUAUUAUCAUUAUGUUAUUAAUUUAUUAGUUUUUAUUGUAUUAAAUUUG